AUGAAGCCAGUCCCCUCUGUCUUGCUAAUAGCGGCUGUCUUACUAUACACUCACAUUCCCCCAAGUAUAUGUAGACCACGGGAUUUAAGCCUCUUUGAUCGUCAUGAUGACUACAAGAACCAGCUGGAUGAAGUUUUGCUUAGGGCGGGAAAGGGCGAGGCGAUGUCCUUUCUCAGUGGCGGAACCAGUCGAGGGCACGCGCUAAGAAACGCCUCCCGCUCCCCAACUUUACUCAUCCCGAACAGUUUGGAGGAGCUCGUCGGUUUUACUAAGAGGAAUGACGAUCCGCCGAUAUCGAUCGAUCUCACCUUUCAUCUGCUGCGCAAUAUGAUUGAAAUGGCGCGGAUCGAGAAUCAGAGGGAACAGGCAGAACUGAACCGCAAAUAUCUGGACGAAGUCGGGAAGUAA